AUGUGGCUUUACAGGGGCGCGCAGUCGGCGGUCUUCUACUAUGCCACUUGCACACCAUGUGCUGAAAGCAGCGAUCGUAGGAAGCGAAGGAAGGAAGCAGCGCGGGCACAGCGGGAGAAGGAGAAGGAGAAAUUGGGACAGGAACCCGUCACCGACCAACCUCGCCCAUUUCCCCAGCCAACCCCCUUCAGCACCAAUGAAGGGUGGCGCGAGGAGAUAGUGCUGGGCCCUGGACCUCCAGCCCGACGAGGAGGAAACCGUGCCCAUUUGCGCACGAACAGCUGGAACACCGAGAACACCGACCACGAUCCACAGUUGAAGAAGGACAAAAGUGGCGGUCUCAUGCAGCCGCUCAAUGAACGGUGGAAAUCCAUGCGAUACCAGCGCGAGGAUGAACCUCUCUGGGGCCAGGAAGUACGCGGGUCGUCAAUUGGCUUCUCUGGUCGUGGGCAUGCUGAUCCCCACGAACCCUCGAAAUAUUACACUGCGCGAGCACCCCCUGUCAACGAUCCGCAUCCGCCGAUCGUAAGUGGGCCGUGUAGUCGCGCCGAAACCCGCUGGAUGCUUCAACCUCCCCCAAGCGCAAAGGUCAUGGCAGGAAAGCAACAUUUUGACGAGUCUCCUCGCGAUAGUGUCGGUGGUUUCUUCGGCGAUCGCACUUCUCGUGCUGCUCGUGGCGCUAACCGUGAGGAGAACGAUCCAGCCAGGAUUAGCAGGAUCGGCAAUGGAUUUACUGAUGGGGCUUUCGAUGAAGAGGCCAUGGAAGAGGAAUUGCCGAGCCGGCCAUCUGCUUCUCGAGUGCGUCGACGCUCCGAUAGCAGUGGCUCCGACGAUCUCGAUCAUAUGCGUGAUUCUCGAUCCGACUCCUUGUUCUCCAUCGCCAACACCGAUGAUCAGUCCUAUAGCGCGUCUUGGAAGUAUCCUGACACUCCCACGACGCGGCCGGUCUCCAAGUCCACAGAAACGAGCGAGAAGAUGUAUUCUCGCCCGCAAAUUUCAAAGACCCUUUCUACCUUGCAACGGGAACCUAAGCCGAAGGUCCAUCUGCUGCAGUUGGAGAUCAACGACGAUUCCCGCGACGAUGUCGGCUUAGGCGAGCUAGAACGCAUUCGCCCUUGGCGCUGGAGCAUGGACAUCUAA